AUGGAUCCCAACGCCGGUUCUGGUUCGAAAGCAUCUGCGACGGCCUCGCGCGUUCUAGAGUCGGUGAAAAGUGUCGCGAGGGUGCAGGAUAGCGAGCUGCAACGUUGGCACAAGACCUUCGAUGCGAAUGCGAAGACGGUGGUUGACGGAGAGAAGUACCACAGAUUCUUGGACGUCGACCAAUUUGUCAAUGCCAUCGCACCGUCGGGCGACCUGACGCGUAUCGGCCGUGCUCAGUUCGCUAUCCUCUUCCGUGUGGCCGACAGUGCGAAAAGAGGCCGCGUUUCGUGGGAUGAUUUUACCGUGUUCCAGACCUUGCUCAAGCGUCCAGACGCAGACUAUUGGAUCGCCUUCCAGUAUUUUGACGUUGAUAGCUCUGGGACUAUUACUUUCGAUGAGUUCAAGAAUGUGUUUUCGGCCAAUGUUGGUCGGGAUGCUAUCCCUUUCGAUUUCAACUGCGAUUGGGUCAAGCUCUAUCUCGGAAAGAAGAAUGGGACUCACGUCCUUGGAUACAAUGAGUUUACCCAACUCCUGAAAGGCCUCCAAGGCGAACGUCUACGCCAGUCUUUUGCCUACUUGGACGACAACCAGGAUGGAUUCAUCAGGCCGGACCAAUUCAAGAGGAUCAUCCUGGAAAUCGCGGGCCACAAACUGUCUGACGCCGUCAUUGACCGUCUGCCGACACUGACUACUCUCAGCCCCGGAGGACGCAUAUCGUACUCUGAAGUCAUCGCGUUCCAUAAUGUCGUUCGAGAGAUGGACAUGGUCGAGCGUGUCCUCCGCGAAGCCACCGCUAAGUCGAAAGACGGUCGGAUCGACGAGGCCGACUUCAUGAACCACGCAGCCCUGAGCUCGCGCUAUUCGCUGUUCACGCCCAUGGAGGCGUCCAUCAUCUUUCACUUUGCCGGACGAGGUGUCGGUGGGCAGCGACUUGCAUUGAUCGACUUUGCGCAGUUGUUGGACCCUCGGUGGAAGGCGCCCGGGGACGCCAGCGAGGUGCAUAAUAUCGCGGAGACGUUGUCUGUCGGAUUGCUCCAUCAGGUGGGAGAAUCAGCGUAUCAUUUCGUUCUUGGAGGUAUCGCUGGAGCGUUCGGAGCCACUAUCGUUUAUCCCAUAGAUCUCGGUACAACUAGAAUGCAGAACCAACGUAGCACGGUGGUCGGCCAGCUCUUAUACAAGAACAGCAUGGAUUGUGUGCGAAAAGUAUUCCGCAAUGAAGGCUUCCUGGGUUUCUAUCGUGGACUGGGUCCUCAACUAAUCGGUGUCGCUCCAGAAAAGGCCAUCAAGCUCACCGUCAAUGAUCUCAUCCGUGGGCGCGCAAUGGACCCAGAGACCGGACGGAUUAAAUUGGGAUGGGAGCUGGUAGCCGGUGGUACUGCUGGAGGUUGUCAAGUGGUGUUCACCAACCCACUGGAGAUUGUAAAGAUCCGCUUACAGGUCCAGGGAGAGGCGGCCAAGGCUGAGGGUGCGCUGGCCAAGGGCGCCGUUCACAUUGUUCGCCAGCUGGGUCUCGUCGGUCUCUACAAGGGAGCAAGUGCAUGCUUGCUCCGUGACAUCCCAUUCUCUGCGAUCUACUUCCCCGCGUAUUCACAUCUGAAGAAGGACAUCUUCCAUGAAGGUUAUCAGGGGAAACGAUUAUCAUUCCUUGAAACUCUGACCUCCGCUGCCAUCGCUGGAAUGCCUGCGGCAUACCUGACAACUCCGGCAGAUGUGGUGAAGACUCGCUUGCAGGUGGAAGCACGGAAAGGGCAGACACACUACAAAGGCCUCACUGAUGCGUUCGUCAAGAUUUACCGAGAGGAAGGGCCCCGCGCGCUGUUCAAAGGAGGACCUGCUCGUGUCCUGAGAAGUAGCCCGCAGUUUGGAUUCACUCUCGUCGCGUACGAGUACCUGCAGAAGGUCCGUUCGCUCUAUCCGUUCAAGGAACAGCCUCGAGAGGUACAGACGGCUCUUACCUCGGGACCUUCUGAGGACAUUGCCAAGACGCGUGCGAGAAAUGCACUCAAGAUCUUAUUGGAUGUCCAUGGAGAUUUUGGUAGACGCUCGUCGGUUUGA